GGGAUUGGGCCGAUCGAAAAGUUCACGCACGCACUCAUCUACGUAAUCUUCACGUGUUCAACCAAUCAAAUUGAACAAAUCCGAAUAAACCAUUUCGAUCGCUGACUUCUUCUUCUUCUUCCUCUUCGAUCAAAUUAUCAACCCCAAAAUCCAUUUCUAGGGUUUCAAAUUCAUCAUCAAAACCCUAUCUUCAAUCAUUACAAUUUACUUUUUUUUUUUCCUCUCAAUUUCACAGACGAUUUAUUCAUAUAUAUAUGUGCGAAGAAGAAGAAGAAGAUGUAUAGUAAUUUCAAGGAGCAAGCGAUCGAGUACGUGAGACAAGCUGUGCACGAAGACAAUGCCGGAAACUACGCCAAAGCCUUCCCUCUCUACAUGAACGCUUUGGAAUACUUCAAGACGCACUUGAAGUACGAGAAAAACCCUAAGAUCAAGGAAGCGAUUACUCAAAAAUUCACCGAGUACUUGCGCAGGGCGGAGGAGAUCAGAGCUGUGCUCGACGACGGCGGUGCUGGCCCAGCCGCCAACGGUGAUGCGGCGGUGGCCACGCGGCCCAAGACCAAGCCCAAGGAUGGGGAAGAUGGGGGCGAGGAUCCGGAACAGUCGAAGCUUCGGGCCGGGCUGAACUCGGCGAUUAUCAGGGAAAAACCGAAUGUGAAGUGGAAUGAUGUUGCGGGGCUCGAAAGUGCCAAGCAGGCGUUGCAGGAGGCGGUUAUAUUGCCUGUUAAAUUCCCUCAGUUCUUUGUUGGGAAGAGGCGGCCAUGGAGGGCUUUUCUUUUGUAUGGCCCACCUGGAACUGGGAAGUCCUACUUAGCCAAGGCUGUCGCAACUGAAGCUGAUUCUACGUUUUUCAGUAUUUCUUCAUCAGACCUGGUUUCGAAGUGGAUGGGUGAAAGUGAAAAGCUAGUUUCAAACCUUUUCCAAAUGGCCCGUGAAAGUGCACCUUCAAUCAUCUUCAUUGAUGAAAUAGAUUCUCUAUGUGGCCAGCGUGGAGAAGGAAAUGAGAGUGAAGCUUCCAGACGUAUCAAAACAGAACUUCUUGUGCAGAUGCAGGGUGUUGGACACAAUGAUGAUAAAGUUCUCGUUCUGGCAGCAACAAAUACUCCCUAUGCUCUGGAUCAGGCCAUCAGGCGACGGUUUGACAAGCGUAUAUACAUUCCCCUUCCAGAUGCGAAGGCACGGCAACACAUGUUUAAAGUGCAUUUAGGGGAUACCCCUCACAACUUGACUGAAAGUGACUUCGAAAACUUAGGUCGUAGAACAGAAGGCUUUUCUGGUUCAGAUAUUGCCGUCUGUGUUAAGGAUGUCCUCUUUGAACCUGUACGGAAAACCCAAGAUGCCAUGUUUUUUGUAAAUACUAAUGGAUUGUGGAUGCCAUGUGGACCAAAGCAACCAGGUGCUGUCCAAACCACAAUGCAAGACCUUGCUGCAAAAGGACUUGCUUCAGAGAUCAUUCCGCCACCCAUAUCUAAAACAGAUUUUGACAAGGUCCUUGCAAGACAGAGGCCAACUGUGAGCAAAUCUGACCUUGAUGUGCACGAGAGAUUCACAAAAGAGUUUGGAGAGGAAGGGUGAUGAAACGGAUACACGUCGACUUGAUGCUUUGGCUAUCGUUUGUAUUUUAUAUGUUGCAGCUGGAUUUGGAGAUGUAUCGAUCUAUCUAAAGCUUCUUCUAUUGGGGAGGCGAUACAACUUUGGCUUUUCUUCUGUAUUGAGAGGGAAACUGAGGUACGAUACUUUCUGAAUUUCUUGUUUUAAUUGAUUGUAAAAAAAGAGAGUAAUGGGUAUUGCUCGGAAUGUUGUCAAAGAUGAUGUGUAUGAAAUACUAGUUGCCUGUGUUUGGUCAGGCCUUUCUAUUUGAAAGCAUUAUGUUAUAACAAGCCUUUCCAAUUUUCCAGGUAA